AUGGGGCUAAGAGCUGCCAGCCUUUUUGUCCUCUGGCUGGCUCUUUCCUAUGCAAAUGAAAUAAGAAAAGGAAGGACAAGAAACCAUGGCCACUAUGUCUGCAGCACUUGGGGGAACAACCAUUUCAAAACUUUUGAUGGAGACAUCUAUCAAUUCCCUGGCAUUUGCGAGUAUAAUUUUGUUUCUGACUGCCGAGAGUCUUACAAGGAGUUCUCUGUCCACAUUCAGCGUGCUCUGAAUGACAAUAAACACCCUGAGAUCCAGUAUAUUCUGAUAACAGUCAAGGACUUCACGGUGUACCUCAGACCAAAACUGGCUGUGGUGGAUGGGCGGAUUGUGAAGACACCUUACUACAGCUCUUCUGUGCUCAUUGAGAGCAAUGACAUUUACACCAAGGUUUAUGCCAAAUUAGGGCUGAUUCUGAUAUGGAAUCAGGAAGAUGCACUAAUGGUGGAGCUGGACAGCAAAUUUAAUAACCAUACAUGUGGUCUCUGUGGGGAUUACAAUGGUGUUCCAAUCUACAAUGAGUUUAUCAAAGGAGGUGCAAGCUACAAUUCAAUUACAUAUGGGAAUUUACAGAAGAUCAGCAAACCCAAUGUCAAAUGUGAAGAUCCUGAUGAAACUCAAGCUCUUCCAAGCUGUAAUGGGCAUCGUGAUGAGUGUGAGAAGUUGCUGACUUCCUCUGCAUUUGCUGAUUGUCAAUUACGUCUUAAUUUGGAAAUGUACAUCCAAGCCUGCAUGCAGGACAAGUGUGCAUGUAAUGGAAGUGAGGACUCCUUCUGCCUCUGCAGCACCAUCUCUGAGUAUUCUCGCCAGUGUUCGCAUGCGGGUGGCCGUCCGGGUGAAUGGAGGACACAGUACUUGUGCCCCAAGACCUGUCCUGAUACCAUGAUCUAUAGAGAAAGCAGCUCGCCCUGCAUGGAUACAUGCUCGCACUUGGAGGUCAGCAGCCUUUGUGAGGAACACUACAUGGAUGGUUGUUUCUGCCCUGAAGGAACCGUGUAUGAUGAUAUUACUGAAAAAGGCUGCGUACCUCCUAGCCAGUGCCACUGCAAGCUCCAUGGAAAGGAGUAUUCACCUGGAGAAAACAUUACCAAUGAAUGUGAAGAAUGCACCUGUGAUUCGGGCAGAUGGACGUGCAAAGAUCUACCCUGUCCAGGCACAUGUUCAGUGGAAGGAGGUUCCCAUUUUACCACCUUUGAUGGGAAGAAAUACACCUUCCAUGGAGACUGUUACUAUAUGUUGGCCAAGGGUACUGUAAAUGACAGUCAUGCUCUCCUGGCAGAACUGGCUCCCUGUGGCUCCACAGACAGGCAGACCUGUUUGAAGACUGUUGUGCUGUUAGUAGAUCACAAAAAAAAUGUGGUGGUUUUCAGACCAGAUGGCACUGUCUUACUGAAUGAGAUGACAGUGAAUGUGCCUCAUGUGUCAGCCAGCUUCUCAGUAUUCAAGCCAUCUUCCUACUACCUUGUUGUGCAAACUGCUUUCAGGCUUCAGCUGCAGAUCCAGUUGUUUCCAGUCAUGCAGCUGUUUGUGACUGUGGAUCAAUCAGUUCAAGGAAAACUUCAAGGUCUUUGUGGAAACUUUAAUGGAAUGGAAGGUGAUGACUUUAAAACAACCAGUGGGCUGGUAGAAGCUACAGGAUCUGCCUUUGCUAACACAUGGAAAGCUCAGUCCACAUGUACAGACCAGGUAGAAAAGCUGGAAGACCCCUGCAGUCUUAGCAUUGAAAGUGCAAAUUAUGCUGAGCAUUGGUGUUCUUUGCUGAAAAACCCAGAGGGUCCUUUUGCAAGAUGUCACUUAAUCAUUGAUCCUUCAGAAUACUAUAAGAAAUGUAAAUAUGACACCUGCCUCUGUGAAGACAAUGAAGAAUGCUUAUGUGCUGCCCUGUCCUCUUACUCAAGAGCCUGUGCUUUCAAAGGAAUCAUACUGGGAGGCUGGAGAAAAAGUGUCUGCAGUAAAGAAUUGUCUGCCUGCCCAGGAAAUCAAAUCUUCCUUUACAACCUUACAAUGUGCCAGCAAACCUGUCGUUCCCUUGCUGAUGGUGAAAAGCAUUGCUUGCAAGACUUUGCUCCUGUGGAUGGCUGUGGCUGCCCAUAUAACACAUACCUGGAUAACCAGGAUACCUGUGUGCCCAUCUCCAAGUGCCCAUGUUAUUACAAGGGAUCAUACCUGGAACCGGGAGAGUAUGUCACAAAAGAUGGAGAACGCUGUGUUUGCCGAAAUGCAAAGGUCCAGUGUACUUCAGUGACAUUAAGAAUGAAAAGUGCAACAGAAUGUUCUUCUAACAAGACGUACUUUGACUGCAACGCAUCCCCAAAGUGGACUUCCCAAACGCCUGUACAACUUAGCUGUCAUACUCCUCAAAGUGAUUAUUUCCAGGCAGAGUGUGUCUCAGGCUGUGUGUGUCCUGAAGGUCUAUUUGAUGAUGGGAGAGGGGGCUGUGUUGAGAAGAAGGAGGACUGCCCAUGCACUCAUAACAACCAGUGGUAUUCUCCUGGACAGAAGUUAGCAGUGGACUGCAACACCUGUACCUGCCAAAAAGGGUUUUGGAGCUGCACUAAAUAUGUGUGCUAUGGAACUUGUACGAUAUAUGGAAGUGGCCAUUAUAUCACCUUUGAUGGAAAAUUCUAUGACUUUGAUGGGCGUUGUGAAUAUGUGGCUACUCAGGAUUUUUGUGGUGACAAAAAUUCCAGCAGUUCAUUCAGUAUCAUCACAGAGAACGUCCCUUGUGGAACUACAGGAGUCACCUGCUCAAAGGCUAUUAAAAUGUUUUUAGGAAAAACUGAACUGAAAUUGGAGGACAAAGUUUAUAAAGAAAUUCAGCGAGAUAUUGGUGAUGAUGUGCAUUAUUGGAACAGGACAGUAGGCCUCUACCUUGUUAUUGAGGCUAGCAAUGGUGUGAUGCUUAUCUGGGAUAAGAAGACUACUGUUUUCAUCAAGCUGGCCCCUGAUUACAAAGGCAAAGUGUGUGGUCUGUGUGGCAACUUUGAUGACAAGUCUAACAAUGACUUUACAACAAGGAGUGGGCUGCAGGAGACUAAUGCUCUGAAGUUUGGGAAUUCCUGGAAACAGUCUUCCAUGUGCCCAGAUGUCACACAAGAGAUUAAGCCCUGUGAUAUGAAACCACAUCGGAAGUCCUGGGCAGGGAAAGAAUGCAGCAUCAUCCAGAGUGAUGUCUUUAAAAUUUGUCACUCCAAGGUGGACCCAAUUCCUUUCUAUGAAGCUUGUGUUCAUGAUGCCUGCUCUUGUGACAGUGGUGGAGAUUGUGAGUGCUUCUGUUCUGCAGUUGCUGCAUAUGCUCAAGAAUGUACUAAGGCUCAGGCCUGUGUUUUCUGGAGAACUCCUGAUAUAUGCCCGAUAUUUUGUGACUACUACAACCCUCGUAAUGAGUGUGAGUGGCACUAUGAGCCUUGUGGCAGUAAUAUUGUGACCUGCAGGAUGAUUAAUAAUGUCAGCACCAACUUUUCAGUGCCAUACCUGGAAGGUUGCUACCCUAGAUGCCCUGAGGACAAGCCUGUUUAUAACGAAGAGACAAAGGAAUGUGUGCCUGAAGAUCAAUGUUGGUGUUACAUCAAUGGAACUCCUGUUCUCCCUGGGAGCGAAAUACCCACAGAAGAGAACUGUACAAAAUGUGUCUGUGGCCCCUCAGGAUCCAUACAGUGUACACCAAUCCCAGGGUGUCCUUGUGUCAUCAACGGAACAAGUUAUGAAGUGGGUCAAACGGUGGCACAAAUACAGAAUGGCAGCAUAUGUAUAAUAUACAUUUGUGCAGAAAAUGGUUCUAUAGUUGUUGGAAGUACUUACCCUUGUCCGACGCCUACUUCACCUACAACCAUUUCCAUCUCCAAUCCUACCAGUACUCUUACCACCACAGUUACCACUACAAGCCCUCCAGUAACUACAACUCCAUGCUUUGGAUUAAUCUGUCGUUGGACUGAAUGGUUUGAUGUUAGUAACCCUGAAGUUGUUGAUGGUGACUACGAAACCUAUGAUGCAAUAAGAAAUGAACAUGGAGACAAAAUAUGCGAAGCUCCUGAAAAAAUUGAAUGCAGAGCUAAAGAUAAUCCUGAUAUGAGCUUAGAGCAACUUGGCCAGAAAGUGGAGUGUAAUGUUACAUAUGGACUAACCUGUAAAAAUGAGGAGCAAGAUGCAACUAUGUGGCAACUUUGCUAUAAUUAUGAAAUCAGGGUGAACUGUUGUGCGUUGCAUGAAAUUCCUUGUCAGACUAUAAGUACACAGAGUCCAACACCGACUGGAACUUCAACCACCAUCAGCACAACAGUACCCAUCACCACUACAACCAGGCAGCCAACAGCAAUUACCACCACGCCCAUACCCACCCCAACCAUCACAAGUGAAUUCACACCAUCAGUCAGCACCACAGAAACUUCAACCUCUCCAGCCCCACCUUCGCCUACAAAGAGCACAGAGUCCCCUCCACCUGUAUCGACAACUGCUUACACACCAACACCAUCAGCGCCUCCCAGCAGCACCACCACCAUCACGAUGCCCCCUGGCAGCACCACCAGCAGCACCCCGGGGACAACGACGAGUGUUCCUGGCACGCCAGCACCCACCCCAAUUACUGCAAGCACAUCCAUAACCACAACACAUACCCCCCCGACAACACAUCACGCCUGCCCUUGCAUCUGGACAGAAUGGCUUGACGUGAGUUACCCAAAUAGUUCCGACAGAAACGGUGGUGACUAUGAAACCUUUGAGAAUAUUCGGAAGCACAAGCCCUCCUGGGUCUGUGAGAAAGCUGUGGAUAUUUCAUGCAGAGCAAAGCAAUUCCCUAACACUUCCAUUGCAGACUUAGGGCAGAAGGUGGAAUGCAAUGUUAACACAGGGCUCAUCUGCAACAACAGUGAUCAGCUCAUAGGAGGUAUAAUACCGAUGCCGGUCUGCCUCAAUUAUGAGGUCAGUGUCUGCUGCAUCCCCAGCGUACUUGAGUGCAUUACAAGUACCACUGUGAGCACCACGACAGCCCCACCUUCACCCACAACGAGCACAGUGUCCGCUCCACCUGUAUCGACAACUGCUUACACACCAACGCCAUCAGCGCCUCCCAGCAGCACCGCCACCACCACGAUGCCCUCCGGCAGCACCACCAGCAGCGCCCUGGGGACAACGACGAGUGUUCCUGGCACGACGGCACCCACCCCAAUUACUACAAGCACAUCCCCAAUAGGAACAAUAGUCACCAGAAUCCCGUGGCCUCCGACUUCAGUACCAAUAAGUAAUUCUCUGGCUGUGUUGUCAUUUGUUGCCUUGCUAUGGGAGAAAUUAAGCCCCACCUUCGCCUACAAAGAGCACAGAGUCCCCUCCACCUGUAUCGACAACUGCUUACACACCAACACCAUCAGCGCCUCCCAGCAGCACCACCACCAUCACGAUGCCCCCUGGCAGCACCACCAGCAGCACCCCGGGGACAACGACGAGUGUUCCUGGCACGCCAGCACCCACCCCAAUUACUGCAAGCACAUCCAUAACCACAACACAUACCCCCCCGACAACACAUCACGGGCCAAGAAAGGGAGCGCUGUCCGCACCACCUGCCCUUGCAUCUGGACAGAAUGGCUUGACGUGAGUUACCCAAAUAGUUCCGACAGAAACGGUGGUGACUAUGAAACCUUUGAGAAUAUUCGGAAGCACAAGCCCUCCUGGGUCUGUGAGAAAGCUGUGGAUAUUUCAUGCAGAGCAAAGCAAUUCCCUAACACUUCCAUUGCAGACUUAGGGCAGAAGGUGGAAUGCAAUGUUAACACAGGGCUCAUCUGCAACAACAGUGAUCAGCUCAUAGGAGGUAUAAUACCGAUGCCGGUCUGCCUCAAUUAUGAGGUCAGUGUCUGCUGCAUCCCCAGCGUACUUGAGUGCAUUACAAGUACCACUGUGAGCACCACGACAGCCCCACCUUCACCCACAACGAGCACAGUGUCCGCUCCACCUGUAUCGACAACUGCUUACACACCAACGCCAUCAGCGCCUCCCAGCAGCACCGCCACCACCACGAUGCCCUCCGGCAGCACCACCAGCAGCGCCCUGGGGACAACGACGAGUGUUCCUGGCACGACGGCACCCACCCCAAUUACUACAAGCACAUCCCCAAUAGGAACAAUAGUCACCAGAAUCCCGUGGCCUCCGACUUCAGUACCAAUAAAGGUCCCACCACAUGAAACAGGAACACCAACACAGACAAGUACAAGACCUACCCCACUGCAAACAACUAGAACCACAGAAAUAGGAAGUACAGUGUCUAGCAUAGGCACAACUAAUCAACAGUCAACACCAUCAGUGUCAACAAGCCCAGUGUCAGGCACCACCUCUGGAGUCCCUGAAACAGAAUCCACCACCAAAACGACCACUUCCAUCCCCAUAACCUCAGGACCCACUCCCCGCAGCACCACAAGAGUAACAGAAUCGUCCACCCAGGAGCAAAUUACUGCAGGGACGGGGAGCCCUUCGACGGGAUCAACUACCACCACCACCGUCAGCACCAUGAUACCAGGACCUACAGCCAGCACUACUGUGUCAAGGCCAUCAGUGUCAACAAGCCCAGUGCCAGGCACCACCUCUGGAGUCCCUGAAACCGAAUCCACCACCAAAACGACCACUUCCGUCCCCACAACAUCGGGACCCACUCCCCGCAGCACCACUGGAGUAACAGAAACAUCUACCCACGAGACCACUACCACUGGGACGGGGAGCCCUUCGACGGGAUCAAGACCUACAGCCAGCACUACUGUGUCAGGGCCAUCAGUGUCAACAAGCCCAGUGCCAGGCACCACCUCUGGAGUCCCUGAAACAGAAUCCACCACCAAAACGACCACUUCCAUCCCCAUAACCUCAGGACCCACUCCCCGCAGCACCACAAGAGUAACAGAAUCGUCCACCCAGGAGCAAAUUACUGCAGGGACGGGGAGCCCUUCGACGGGAUCAACUACCACCACCACCGUCAGCACCAUGAUACCAGGACCUACAGCCAGCACUACUGUGUCAAGGCCAUCAGUGUCAACAAGCCCAGUGCCAGGCACCACCUCUGGAGUCCCUGAAACCGAAUCCACCACCAAAACGACCACUUCCGUCCCCACAACAUCGGGACCCACUCCCCGCAGCACCACUGGAGUAACAGAAACAUCUACCCACGAGACCACUACCACUGGGACGGGGAGCCCUUCGACGGGAUCAAGUACCACCACCACUGUCAGCACCAUGAUACCAGGACCUACAGCCAGCACUACUGUGUCAGGGCCAUCAGUGUCAACAAGCCCAGUGCCAGGCACCACCUCUGGAGUCCCUGAAACAGAAUCCACCACCAAAACGACCACUUCCAUCCCCACAACAUCGGGACCCACUCCCCGCAGCACCACUGGAGUAACAGAAACAUCUACCCACGAGACCACUACCACUGGGACGGGGAGCCCUUCGACGGGAUCAACUACCACCACCACCGUCAGCACCAUGAUACCAGGACCUACAGCCAGACCUACAGCCAGCACUACUGUGUCAGGGCCAUCAGUGUCAACAAGCCCAGUGCCAGGCACCACCUCUGGAGUCCCUGAAACCGAAUCCACCACCAAAACGACCACUUCCGUCCCCACAACAUCGGGACCCACUCCCCGCAGCACCACUGGAGUAACAGAAACAUCUACCCACGAGACCACUACCACUGGGACGGGGAGCCCUUCGACGGGAUCAAGUACUACCACCACCACCACCACCACCACUGUGAGCUCCACAACGCAAAAAGCCUCCUCCUCAGGACCUACAGCCAGCACUACUGUGUCAGGGCCAUCAGUGUCAACAAGCCCAGUGCCAGGCACCACCUCUGGAGUCCCUGAAACAGAAUCCACCACCAAAACGACCACUUCCGUCCCCACAACAUCGGGACCCACUCCCCGCAGCACCACUGGAGUAACAGAAACAUCUACCCACGAGACCACUACCACUGGGACGGGGAGCCCUUCGACGGGAUCAAGUACCACCACCACUGUCAGCACCAUGAUACCAGGACCUACAGCCAGCACUACUGUGUCAGGGCCAUCAGUGUCAACAAGCCCAGUGCCAGGCACCACCUCUGGAACAACUCCAACAGAAUCGUUUACCACUACUUCAGGAACAACCUUCAGUAAGUUUACCCCAGUCACUGCAACUACCACUACCAUAACCUCCGAAAUUGUUUCCUCUGCCUCAAUUAGUACUUCUGCUCCAACUGAAACAUCAAGUGCAUUCACCAUUGCAGGAAGUUCUACGUAUAGUACAGUUACUCCACUCAGUACUUCAAGUUCAACUAAAAGUCCACCACCACCCACUCCUGGAAGAAAUUGUUCUAUUUUGCCUAAUGAAUCUUAUGCGCCGGGUGAGUCAUGGGAGCUCUGUAACUGCACUAAGGCAGUAUGUAUAGAAGACAAUAUAGUCCAGGUGGUUCCCAUAAUCUGUAAUCCACCUCCUAAACCUACAUGUACCAAUGGGCUUUCUCCUGUGCAAGUCAUUGAUAAGGAUGGAUGCUGUUGGCACUGGGAGUGUGAUUGCUACUGCACUGGCUGGGGGGACCCACAUUACAUUACUUUUGAUGGACUGUACUACAGCUAUCAAGGGAAUUGUACAUAUGUCCUUGUGGAAGAGAUUUAUAAGGAAGUUGACAACUUUGGUGUCUACAUUGAUAACUACCAUUGUGAUACACGGGAUGUAGUCUCCUGUCCUCGAGCACUCAUUGUGAGAUAUGAGACUCAGGAAGUGCGCAUAGCAACAGUCAGACCAAAUACUGUACAAGUAGAGGUGACAGUAAACAAACAGGCAGUGGCUUUGCCUUAUAAAAAAUUUGGAUUGAGCAUCUAUGAGUCAGGCAUAAACCGCGUAGUGGAAAUUGCUGACCUAAAAAUGAAUGUGACCUACAAUGGCUUAUCCUUUUCUAUCAGAAUGCCCUACAGCCUGUUUGGCAACAACACUCAUGGACAGUGUGGUACUUGCAAUAACAACACGGCAGAUGACUGCAUGUUGCCAAAUGGAGAAAUAGCAGAAAACUGUGAAACCAUGGCAGAUCAUUGGCAGGUUGUUGAUCCCUCCAAACCGCAGUGCUCUCCAGGCCUAAUUCCUACAAAAGGACCUAGCACAACCCCAACGCAGCCUUGCAAAGAAUCUUCCAUCUGCAAGCUUCUUUUGGGAAGUGUGUUUGAGCCAUGCCAUGGCUUUGUCCGGCCUGAAAAGUACUAUGCAGCCUGCGUUUUUGAUAGUUGUGUAGUUCCCAACUUAGACCUGGAAUGCUCAAGUCUGCAGAUCUAUGCUGCCACCUGUGCUGAUCAAAGUGUAUGCAUUGACUGGAGAAGCCAUACCCAUGGUGUUUGCUGUAAGUAUUGGCCGUUUAUCUUGAACUCUUACAAAUGCCCCUCAGAUAAAGAAUACAGAGCAUGUGGUCCUAUUAAAGAGAUAACCUGCAAAUCAAGUCAACAAAAUGAAACUUCAGCUAAACAAGUGGAAGGUUGUUUCUGUCCUAAUGGAACAAUGUUGUAUGACUCUGGUGUGGAUGUCUGUGUGAACACCUGUGGCUGUGUUGGAGUGGAUAAGAUACCAAGAGAGUUUGGGGAGAAGUUUACAGUAGACUGUCAGGACUGUAUUUGCCUGGAAGGUGGAAAUGGCAUUGUAUGUGAGCCUCAUGAAUGUGCCGAACAAAACAAGGCCAGUUGCAGUGGAGAAGGCUUCUAUGAGGUCAAUGAAGUCAAUUCUGAAGACUCCUGCUGUCCCCUUGUUACCUGCAAAUGCAAUACAAGCUUGUGCACAUCUAAAGCCCCCAAGUGUACACUGGGAUUUGAAGUUCAUUCUCAUAUUCCCAGUGGUCAGUGCUGUCCUGUGUACCAGUGUGUUCCCAAGAGGGUUUGUGUACAUGAGAAUGCUGAGUUCUUGCCUAAUUCCUCAGUCUUUGUUGAUAAGUGUCAGAAUUGUUUCUGCACUAAUGAAGUUAAUGUCAGCACUCAACUGAAUAUCAUCUCAUGUGAACAUAUUCCAUGCAACACGUACUGUGAACCGGGAUAUGAACGUCAACCAGUGAAAGGUGAAUGUUGUGGAAGAUGUGUGCAGACUAAGUGUGUUAUACGUACAGGAAACAAUUCUAACCUCAUCUUGAGUCCUGGAGAGUUUAAGAAUGAUCUUUACAACAACUGCACCAUUUAUAGCUGUGUAGAUGUCCACAACCAGCUUAUCUCUUCCACAUCUGAGAUUACCUGCCCAGCAUUCAAUGAGGAAAGCUGCAAACCUGGCACUAUUGCAUUCUUACCUAAUGGUUGUUGCAAAACCUGUGCACCUCUGGAUAGUCCCACACCAUGCUCUGUCCGUCAAAGACAAGACUUUAUUGUCCAUAAGGGCUGCCGUUCUGUGGACAGAGUUGUCAUGUCUGAAUGUGAAGGAACAUGUGGAACCUUCUCGCUAUACUCUGCUGAGGCCAAUUCUAUGGAGCACACCUGUUCCUGCUGCAGGGAAUCGAGCACUACUGUGAGGGAAGUGGAACUGAAAUGCCCCGCUGGGCAUUCCAUUUCACAUAAGUAUAUAUAUGUGGAAAGCUGUAGCUGUCAAGACAGUGAAUGCAGCAAUUCACAAUCCAAAGAGUUGCAGAUCAUAGAAGAAAAUGACAAGGUGAGCACUCUGAACCGUAUCAAGAGGGCCAUCAGCUUAACAUCAAAAUGA